AUGGAGCCCACCUCUUCAGAGAACGAGGACAAAAUACCAAAGUACGACGAAGGUCAGAUUUGGGUCAAAACCUGCUACAACGCUACUAGGAGGCUCUGCGCGCUCCUUCUCUCUCGCAAGAACCAGAGGAAAUUACACAUCACCACUGCCGAACUAGAUUUAUCCUCCGGUGAUGCGCCAGACUAUGGCCCACGCUUUGUGGAGCCGUUUCCCCAUGAUAAAAUGAGAGAAUAUAUCGUCCGUGAACGACCUUGGGAUGAUUUCGACAUCUUCCAGAAUAAUAUCACCGAUAUCCCGAAAUUACGUAGAUUCCGGCGAUGGUCUGACGCGUUCUGGAUGAUUAGAGGUGUGAGCCAUUCUCUGGAAAAUUUCUUUGGCGGCGAUGUGCCGAAUAAUAUUCUUAGCGAGGACAACGAACUCGGCUCCGCAUAUGCGGCCCAAUGGCAAUGGAGGCUCGUAGGCUGCACGAGCGCGAAGGAUGAAUCUCAGCCCCAUAUCAACGCCUUCAUAGCUGACUCGCAGUCUCACCGUGUUGGUCGUCUCAAUUCCGGUGAGGUAGCUCUUGCCUAUGGCUUGGUCGCCCAGCGCCGAACCAUAGAUGGAUAUAACGAUCACCGAUACAUUCCUAUCACCGUCAUUUCUGCGUCGGAGUUCCAAAUCCGCGUCCUUCAGAUGUGGCAUGACAAGCAGAACCCAAGGGCUCUCCAAGUCCGCUCGUCACCGAUCAUGGACUUUAAGGAUGGUGGGUGGGAAAAUAACUUGGACAACUGGGUCAGCAUUCUGUGCUGGGUUGCAGGGACUCCAGUCGGAGAUACAAAAAAUGGAACUGAAGUUGUUCCAGCCAUUGAGUACUUUGAUGAAUAG